AUGGCGUACGUUCCGGGCCUUACGCUUCCCGCCUCCAUCUUCUCCAAUGCCCCCGUCUCGAUCCUUCUACCCCUCGGAUUGGGCUUGGGAUCUGGCCUUGUCUCUCAGCCUGGGAGACUCCGUCCUAAGAGAUUCUCAGACCCAGCGGCAACAGAGCUGGGAAAGUUCAGAACCGCUCAAGAACACUACAAGGCAAUAAAACAACCCCCUUUCAGACCCCCUCCGUGGGUGUACGCCCCGGCUUGGUCCGCACUCUAUAUACUCAUGGGGUAUGCGGCUCACCGGGUCUGGACGAUCGGAUUGGCAAGCCCGAGUCCACAGACAGUUGAAAACGCAAGAAGAGGGGCAACAUUGUACACGAUACAACUGGGCUUGAACUUGGUUUGGAUGCCUCUGUUUUUCGGUCUCGGCAGACCUAUUGAAGCCAUGCUCGAUGUGGUCGCCCUGACCGGCACUGUCGGCUACAUGACCUAUGUCUGGAACAAAGUGGACAAGUCUGCCGCAUACUUGAUGGCCCCGUAUCUCGCAUGGUUGGGAUUUGCAUCAUACCUGACCGCCGGGACCGGUCAUCUCAACGGAUGGACGAUCAAGCAUGAGCACGAGACCCAGCAAGAGACUGAGAAGACAGAUUCGUGA